GGACUUUACACAGUGGACGUGGAGAACAAGGCGAUUCAAGUAGACACAUUUUGCGUGCAUGGCAAACCUGAUGGAUACAUCACUGGCAUACGAGGCAAGGUGCAAUGCGUGCCAGAGUCGACACUGGAGAUGGUCGCGACCGACCUGGAGCGACAAGAGAUGGUGAAGGAGAAGUGUUUCCUGCGAUUUCCGACACUUCCAUUUAUUCCGAAAGAGCCGUAUGAUGUGAUUGAUACGGACUAUGACACGUUUGCCCUCGUCUCUGGCGCGCGAGAUACAAGCUUUGUUCAGAUUUACUCAAGAACCCCUAACCCUGGGAAAAGUUUCAUAGAGAAGUACAAGGCCAUUCUGGAAAAUUACGGCUAUGAUGCCAAUCAAAUUGUUGAUACGCCUCAGGAUUGCCCUGACACGUCUAUGGGGGAUCUAGAGAAGAUGAUGUCGCCACGGGCUGUGCGAGACUCGAUGACAAACACUCUGCCCAUCAUAACGAACGAGAAGGUGCGAUCCAAUGGAGGAGAGCCACUGCGUCUUGGUGGUUCGCUGCGACUGCCAGAGAUGAAGGGCAUGCUGGUCGACACGUUCAAGAAGCUGUUCGAGCUUUAUCGAAGCUAGCACACGAGAGAAUUGGAAGGCAAGGCACGCUGAUGUUAAUAACUAUUAUUACAAAUCUCCUCGUGUUUUUCAAUGUUUUCUGCCCCGUCCUUUCUCUUCUUGGGUUUGUUUGUUUUUUGACGAGCGCGCUUUAGAAUGUAGCUAUGGUCAUGAGGAGUUGUUUCUCUAAAAGCAAUAGGUAGAGGGGGGCAGGGAGGAGAAAAGGCUUUCAUAAAGUAAAAUGAUUCUU